ACUUACAAUUUUAACUGCAAUUACAUUGUGUUCUGCUCAGAUAGCAGCAAAAAUCUGAACUUGCUUCUGUCACUGUUAGUUUCAGCAGUGAAGCAGACGUUGGCUUCAGGGGCCAAAGGAGUACAAGUAGUCAGUCAGGCUCCUCUCACUGCUGCUCAGAAGAACAAGCUGAAGGAAGCAGGAGGGGGAACCUUCAGGGAUGAUGAUGAUAUCAAUGAUGUGGCCUCCAUGGCAGGAGUCAACUUGUCAGAGGAGAGUGCCCGUAUCUUAGCAACCAACUCUGAGCUUGUUGGCACAAUGACUCGUUCCUGUAAGGAUGAGGCCUUCCUGUCCACCUCUUCACUCACUCGGAGAGCUCUUGAGAUUGGAAAGAAGUUUGGUGUCAGCGAAUUGGGAACAGAUGUGAUCAACUUCAUUUCGCAUGCUACACAGCAUCGACUACAAAACCUGCUAGAAAAGGUGUCACAAGUGGCACAGCAGAAGAACUUAACCUUCAAGGAGGACGAGCGGUGUGAGCAAGUGAGCGACGUGCGAGCCCAGCUCAAAUUCUUCGAGCAGCUGGAUCAGAUGGAGAAGCAAAGGAAGGAAGAGCAGGAGAGAGAGAUCCUCUUGAAGGCUGCCAAGUCUCGGUCUCGGCAAGAGGACCCCGAGCAGCUCCGACUUAAACAGAAGGCCAAAGAGAUGCAGCAGCAGGAGCUGGCUCAGAUCAGGCAGAGAGAAGCCAACCUAACGGCGUUGGCAGCAAUUGGCCCCAGGAAAAAACGGAAAAUGUACUCUCCUGUUAGAGGUGACAGUGCAGAGGGCUCAGGGUCAGGGCCCUCCCAACCUGGAGUCUCUGGUGGAGCAGGGUCCAGACAGUUUAUGCGACAGCGUAUCACCAGAGUCAACCUCAGGGACCUGCUCUUCUGCCUGGAGAAUGAAAGAGGGACCAGUCACUCACACCUGCUCUAUAAAGGCUUCCUGAAAUAACAUCCACAUUAAAAUGACUAACCUUACUCAGUGGCAUUAAGGAAGCAGAGUUGACUGUCAGCUCAGAUCGUCUCUACCGGUACAUUCUUUGAUUGCCCACUGCUGAAUGAAGAGACGUUUGUCUAUGGGAAGAGAAUUAUGUGGAACACUGAAGGGACAUCAGCUUCUAAAAGCCUCUUCGAGCACAGGCCUUUUGUAUUUUCAGCGCAGAAAUGGAGCAAAUAUUGGAACUUGGCCCUGAUUUCAGCGUGCCUCUCAGCUCAGUUUGCUCUUCAGAGACCAGUUGCACUCAACCACACUUCCCUCAUGCACUGCCUCAUGCUGCACAGAAGAAAAAUCUCUAACUGAACUGGGCACUUCAGAUUUGAAAACCUUGUCAGUGUCCUUGCACUGAUAUCUGGGUUGUAGCAGCAAAUCUCUGCGAAUUGGUUCCAUGUUAGAUUAAUGUGCAACAUUCAGGUGCAGCCUGAUUUUACAAAACUGCAGUAAUGCUAAUUUUCUUGACCAUGUUAACGUAAACACUCUGUUUAUUUAAGUUUUUAACAGAGAUUUUAAUUUAUCACACAUUUCUACUAUUUUAAAACACCAUUUUAAUGCCUGUGGAUUGUUUUACAGAGAUUAAUCUUGACAAGUCUUGUCUUCUGAUCAGUUGCCUUCUUCCUUCUCAGCCAUAUGGAUUAGAAUGUGUUGUUCAUUUCAAGUAACUUCAUCUAUCCAACAGUUCUCUCCAGAUUUGUAGGAUGUGUGCUUUUUUUUUUUUUUUUUUUUUUUUUUUUUUUUUUUGUCUUUGCUUGAUUGGAAACAAAAAUUAUUAUUUAUAUGUGUUGUGCAUGGUGUAAUAGCAGGUGUUGGUAUUUGAACAGUGAGAGCUCCUGACACACGCUGUUAUUCAGGUUCUAGCACAUUUGCUACACAGACUUAGUAUACUUUACAUCCCUAUCAAACAUUUUUAAAUGAUUUUGUUCUGUUUCCAGUAAUUUCUUCAGCAAUGGUAAAAAAUUCAACUGGCUUUCUGUCAAUAUCCUGGUGGCAAGCUAUCUGACGAGUUAUUUAGAAGAUCCAAGAAUAAUGAAACAUUCACAUUAUGAAAAUAAUUAUCUGGAUUUGGCUCUGUGCUUUUGCAUAAUGUUACCAAGAAGCCACGCUAUCAAGUCAUUUUCCUGCCUUUUACAAAUGUCAGACAAAGACUUGUUUCAAUUAAGAUGUUGAAGUAACUUCUGGUUAAAAUGUAUUUGGGCAGGACAUUUUCUGUGAUGGAUCGUCCAUCUCAAACACAUUUGUUCUUUGCUUUUUGUACCAUUUAAAAAGAAAAAAAAAGAAGAAUGGACAUAUGUGGCUGCCUAAUGUUACUUCAACAAAUCAAAACGGUCAGUAUAUCAGUAUGGUCUAAACUGGAACUGAAGUUGCUCUUAGUGAUGUAAAGUCUUCAUGCUGUGUCACAUAUGUGCUAUAAUGUGAAUUUUAAGAAAUGGGAAUAUGGAGAAAUGAAACCCAGUAAUGUUUUGAUCGCAGUUCUUUAAGUGAAUCACGCAUUUUUAAGUUGUGCAUCCACAUUUUUACAUUUUAAUAAAUGAUGUUGGUAAUGUUUGGAAAACAUGGGCAUGAAAUGCAGAACAAGGAUUGCACUUUGACAGAUCAGUUUUCUAAAACUAGUCGAUCAUAUGAACAUACCCACUUUAUAACUUUUUGUAUUUUUAGUGCACAUACUAAUUUGGUCUUUAUACCUUUUGUCAUUUUAUGAAAGAAUGUUUAUGGGCAAAUUUUAUUACUGUAUAUACUUAAGUUUGCUAUUUGUAGAUUUAUCAAUUGACAAGUUCAAAUUGAGAAAAUUUGUCUUAUUUUUCAUGUAUAUAAAUAUGUCAAAAUAUGAUGCUUUUUGCCAAUAUCUUGUAAAUUUUGCACAGCCACUUGUUUAUAUGUAAAUAUCUGAAUUUAAAAGUUUUUAAUUGCUAUUUUAUAAUGGAUUGACAGAGAAUGAUCUCUAUUAAAACAAAUAUCUCUA